GUUUAGAGGUUUGCCCAUGUGGAUGUUGCAAACUGUCAACAUAACCUCGCCAAGAACUCUAAAGAGGAGAAGCAUUGCUGAACUACUUUAUAUCCCUUUGGAAACUACAUCACCUACACUAAUCAACAUGAAGGUUGUCGGAUCUACCUGCGCCCUGAAGAGCAAGGUGGGCGGUGAGGACAUGGUCCGCUGUCUGUCCGAGCAGAGCUUGACCAUCGCCAAGUGCAAGAUCCCUCUUCUGGACGAGCAGAUGAGCGCCUUCCUGCACGACAUGAACAGCUGCUACAGCAAGUUGAAGGAGCUGGUGCCCACACUGCCCACCAACAAGAAGGCGAGCAAAGUGGAGAUCCUGCAGCACGUCAUCGACUACAUCUGGGACCUGCAGGUCGAGCUGGACGAGCCGGAGAAGAGUCGCCAGCACUCCGCUGGCGGCGUCACUCGCACACCGCUGACCACCCUGAACGCAGAGAUCGCUAGCAUCGCAGUUGAGAAUGGAUGCUCAGACGACAGGAUAAUGUGCCGUUAAGAGCUCUUGGAGCACCGAGAAGAAGAAGAACGAACAAGGCAAUCUGAUGUGACUUAUUGAGCACAUCUAUAAAAAAACCUUGAACUGUGUAGGGACGUUUCAAACUCCCAAAGCUAGAAAAACAAACGCUGUGUGGACAUCCAUCCUCCAGCAGAGAGGAUCUCUCUCACUCUCGGCUCUCGAUUCAUCAGAGGGCCCUGAGAGAAGAAGAAGAAGAAGAAGGAGAAGAAGAAGACUGGUGGUGUCCAGAUCUAGACUGGGUUAGCCGGGGGACCAAGACAUGUUCAGUUGCAACCAGCAUCGCCUGUUGCUUGUAGAGUUUCUAAAAGAAAGCUAAUGUUUCUGUUAUGCUCUUUUGUAUCUUAUGUAAAAACCAUAUAGAGAUAUUCAACAUUUUGUAAAAGGAAAAAAGUAAAUUUUCUCAGAUUCUGAGCGACAAACUGUAUUGUAUAUUACAAUGCCACAUUAUGUGAAGAUAUUGUUGUCUUACAAUGUACCUUAUUCGUGUUUUUAUUAAAACAAGACCAUUAUUUUUGAAUACAAA